CACUCACUACAAAGCAAACAAGAGAGAGAGAGAGAGAGAGAGAGAGAGAGAGAGAGAGCAAUGGAGGAAGGAGUCGAGACGACGAUGAAGCUUGAUCGAUGGGGAUACCCGAUCCGGACGACCUCCGAUGCUUGCAUCGCAGCCAUCAACGCGUGCUAUGAGCAGCUCCUCGUCUUUGGCCGCAAUCGAGCGGUGAUCCUCGAUGCAACCCGCCAUGAUCCCACUUGUGCCCUAGCUAAUGUCCUUGCUGCCCAUUUCCUUGCUAGCCAGGACUCCGCAAAGGCUGCAUCCUUCCUCUCCGCUGCUGCAUCCUCCAUCGAGGGCGCGAGUUCGUAUGAGAAAGCAGUGUUCCAGGCGUUGUCUUGCUUGCUUGGGGAUGGUAAGGACGAGUAUGUUGCUCUCGAUCGCCAUUUCCAGUUGCUUAAAGAGUAUCCUAAAGAUUUGGCCUCGUUGAAGAGGGCUCAAGGGUUGUGUUUCUACAUGGGUCGACCUGAUUUAUCUCUCAAUCUCGUCGAGCAGGUGAUGCCUCAUAAUCAAGAUCAGGAUUAUGUGUAUGGCAUGCUUGCUUUUCCAUUGUUAGAGCUUGGAAGGAUGAGCGAGGCUGAAAUGGCUGCUAGGAAAGGAUUUGAACUCAACAAAAAUGAUCCGUGGUCACAACAUUGUUUAUGCCAUGUUCUCCAAUAUGAGUGCCACUUCAAAGAAGCUGUCAGCUUCAUGGAAUCUUGCUCUUCAUCCUGGAAAUCAUGUUCUUCCUUCAUGUACACACACAAUUGGUGGCAUGUUGCUCUUUGUUACCUGGAAGGUCAUGCUCCUUUGGGAAAAGUCCUUGAAGUUUAUGAUAAUCACAUAUGGAAGGAAUUAGAAAGAAGUGAUGCUGUUCCCGCGGAGGUGUAUCUUAAUGCUUUAGGCUUGUUUCUGCGGAUCUAUGUACGGGGUUAUAUGGAAUCUGUUGAGGACCGGUUUACAAGUCUGGCAAAUGCCUUUAAAAAUAAGGCUGUUUGGCAUUUGGAGUGGUUGCUUGAUCUAUUAGGACUUUGGGCCUUAGCUAGUUCAAAAAAUACACACAAGGCAAAUGAGUUGCUUAUGUCUAUGAAAUCCAGGUUUCAUUCGAUGAGCAAGGAGAAGCAACAUACAAUGCAGAAGGGAAUACUGCUGGCAGAAGCAAUCUAUGAAUAUGGAUGUGGCAACUACCGGAAAGUGUUUGAUAAACUUGGGCCAGAUUUUCAAGCUAUUGAGUUUAGAGUUGUUGGUGCAUCCGAAGAGCAGAUUGAUGUUUUCAAUGAAGUUUGGUAUGAUGUCCUAUUGAAAAUCGGAUGUGUUUCCAAAGCAAUCACAGAGAUUGAGAAUCAAAUAAAGAAAAAAGGCGAGUCACCGUUCUUGUGGCGUAUGCUGGAAAAAGCUUGCAUCUUGGAAGGCAAAGAGUAUGCUCACAUUGCAGGUGAAAAGGCGAAAUACUUGGAAACAGCUUAUUUUCCAUAAAUGGGGAAAAUAUCUUAUUAUAUAUAGGUAGGUAUGUUUAUACACCGAAUGGCUCAUCGCUCGUGAGCCUGUAAUAUUGAUAAUAUAAACUGCUUUUAUGUAUGCGCGCUGCUCAUGUGUGCACGGGUUUUACUUCAUUUGCUCUGCCGAGAUUUGUACUCGUCCUUAUCUUUUUAAGCAGUCUAAUCUUUUAUA